AUGGAAUUGGAGAUCAACCAAAGAGAUGCACAAGGCUUAGAUAUGGAGUUAUCGUCCUCACCGGAAGUAGAAACUCCUGCGGGAACUCCGUCCCCGGAAGUUCGAUCGAAAAAGGAAGAAAGAAAGACAAGUACGUCUUCCAUCUCUAGUAGUUCGCCAGUAAGGUCAAAGACUCGAAACCUAAUGUCCCGAUUAGGGCGUCGCACGGAACAAACAGCAACCCCGGGUACGGAAGAGGAAGAGGAGGUAGGCAAAGGAUGGCGCAGUCUCCGGCACGCGGUCAAGGUCACGAACGCCGUAACACCCAAGAAAAAGUCCACUGUGACACGUGAAGAUUCAUUUCUGAAAAAGUUUUCAACACGACAGCCUUAUAGGGUAGAAUCCAAUUGUAAUCCUGUCGAAAACCACACUGAAAAUGUAAGCAAACAUGAGACAAAAGAAAAACAUCGUACAGUGUUUCGGAUGGACGGUAACCUGAUGUUGUAUUGGACAGGACUAGUCACGGUGGCUGUGCUCUAUAAUCUAUGGACGUGCAUUGCACGUGAAGCAUUUAGAGAGAUACACGAGAACCAUUUAUUCGUGUGGAUCACGUGCGACAUCGUAUGCGACAUUGUGUAUGUUUUAGAUAUCAUUUGUCAGUUCCGGACAGGGUACUUAGAUCAAGGACUUAUGGUGUUUGAUUCCGUAAAACUUGCCAAAAAUUAUAUCUCAACAAAAUAUUUCUAUUUGGACCUCGCGUGUUUGUUUCCAUUAGAUUUUAUACAGUUUUUCAUUGGAAUACACCCAAUGGUGCGAUUCCCAAGAUUCAUCAAGCUGUAUCGAACGUUUCGGUUCCUUUACAUGCUAGAAUCACGGACGGCGUAUCCAAAUUUCUUUCGUGUAGCCAAUCUGACGCAUAUACUUUUCCUCGGUUCUCAUUGGUUUGCUGCCUUUUAUUACCUUAUAUCAGAAGCCGAAGAUUUCAAAGGGGACUGGUCGUACCCUAAACCAAUAGGAGAGUUCUCAUCGGUGACCCGGAAGUAUCUAGCUUCACUGUUUUGGUCGACCUUGACCCUAACUACGAUAGGUGACCUUCCACCACCGGAAACUAAUUGGGAGUAA